CGGGAGCGAGAGGCCGUAACUGCCUCGGAGGCCUCGGAGGCCGCGCGGCGGGCGGCGGGGCCCCUCGGGGCGGGCCGGACUGGCGGUGGCCCCGGCGUUCCUACUCCCGGGGCUUCAGACCUCUCGGGAGAGCGCGGCGCGGCGCAGAUUAAAAAUCAAGAAAUACAAACCAGAUGCAGCAGUUUCUUGACAUGGAGAACCAAGCCCAUAAUACAAUGGAAGCUUCUCCUUGUGAGGCUGAGCUUCAGGAAUUAAUGGAACAAAUUGACAUCAUGGUAAACAACAAAAAACUGGAUUGGGAAAGGAAGAUGCGGGCUCUAGAGACACGAUUAGAUCUUCGGGAUCAAGAGUUGGCAAAUGCACAAACUUGUUUAGAACAGAAAGGUCACGAGGUGGGGUUACUCAGACAGAAGUUGGACAGUUUGGAAAAAUGUAACUUAGCAAUGACUCAGAAUUAUGAAGAACAACUACAAACCCUAAAAGCUCAAUUCUCCAAACUAACUAAUAGCUUUGAAAAACUGAGAUUACACCAGAUGAAACAAAAUAAAUUUCGACAAAAAGAAGUACCACACGUCAAAGAAGAAAUACCCUUUGAACUGAGCAAUUUGAACCAGAAAUUAGAGGAAUUUAGAGCAAAGUCAAGAGAAUGGGACAAGCAGGAGAUACUAUAUCAGACUCAUCUGGUUUCUUUAGAUGCUCAACAAAAAGUAUUAUCUGAGAAGUGUAAUCAGUUUCAGAAACAGGCGCAAAGUUACCAAACUCCACUAAAUAGUAGAAAACAGGGCAUAGAAGACAGCAGCUCUGAAAUUCCUUGGAUAUGCAAACCAGAUACCAGUUCUGAAACCAAUGAAAGAGAUGAGUUCAUUAUUGAAAAAUUAAAAUCAGCUGUGAGUGAAAUAGCAUUAAGCAGGAAUAAGUUACAAGAUGAAAAUCAGAAGCUCUUACAAGAACUGAAAAUGUACCAAAGACAGUGCCAGGCCAUGGAAGCAGGACUCUCAGAGGUGAAAAGUGAGUUACAAUCACGUGAUGAUCUCUUGAGAAUUAUAGAAAUGGAACGAUUGCAGUUGCACAGAGAAUUAUUAAAACUAGGAGAGUGCCAAAGUGCUCCAGAAAAUAAAAAAAGACUUGAAUCAUCUUAUUCACCAUCUAUUAAAGAAUCAGAAAAACAACGGAAAGAGCUGUUUGCAGUGACCCCAGAUCAACCAAAUCAUGAAAAAGAAUUGAACAAGAUAAGAAGCCAACUCUAUCAGGAGGAAGAGUACCAUAGCUCUGAGCAGGAAAGAAUGAGGAAUGAAAUCUCUGACCUAACAGAGGAGCUUCAUCAGAAGGAGAUCACUAUAGCAACUAUCAUGAAGAAAGCUGCCUUUCUGGAAAGACAAUUAAAAAUGGAGUUAGAAAUAAAAGAGAAAAUGUUAGCGAAACAACAGGUCUCAGAUAUGAGAUAUAAAGCUGUCAGGACUGAAAACACACACCUGAAAGGCAUGAUGGGAGAUUUAGACCCUGGACGGUACCUGUCAUCUUCAAUUUCUUUCAUCAGUAGUAUGGACUUCACUAACAGGGAACAUGCAAGGCAUACAUCUAUUAACAAACUGGAAUAUGAGAAUGAAAGUCUCCGAAAUGAUCUUGCAAAACUUCAUGCCAGUGGAAAAUCAGCAUGGGCUAACCAAAAUACCUACGAAGAAACAGGAAGAUUUAGCCACGAUCGUGAGCCAAACAAAAGUGCAACACCUUCGUUGCCACCUUUGCCAUUUCAAACCAAAGAAAUGACAAGUCCUUUGGUUAGUGGUGAUGAAGUACUCCCAAUGUCGCCCCCAGAUAUGGCCUUCCCAGCUUCUUUGGCUGCACAGCGUUUCCUUCUGGAGGAGGAGAAGCGAGCAAAAGAACUUGAAAAACUUCUGAAUACACACAUUGAUGAACUGCAAAGACACACAGAAUUUACUCUUAAUAAAUACACCAAGCUAAAACAAAACAGACACAUAUGAGCUUUUAAACUUUUUUAUUUGCUUCGCCCACCCCAAGGAAAAAAGCUCUGGCAAAAUAUUUACAAAGCUGAUUAAUGAAACUGAGAAAUUUUGUUCUGUUUUCCUGAGUAAAUCAUUUCUGUAAGGCAGCUAGAAAAUAGUAUUUUGUUCAAUAAAGCUGUUUGUGUUUCUGCAUUAACAAACAAAUUGUUCAGCUAGUUACUCUAAAAUAAACAUGACUUCUCCAAAAGAGAUUUUUUUCUCCAGUCUAAGGAAUAGUUUGGAAUUAAAUAUGCAGUUUUUUCCCACCUGAAUCAUGUAUACUGAAACCCAUUUCCUCGGUAACAAACAACCCAUGAUGAGGGAAAGGGACGCACUAUAUUCUAAAUACAAACAUCAAGUGCAGCUCUGUUGUACUAGGUUUGAAAACUCAACGAUUUUUUAAAAUGAAUAGCUAUGUAAACAUCCUAAAAUUUCUUUUAGGAAAAAAAGAUACAGCUUACUGUUUCUGCAUUCAUCUUUGUAAUGUCUCUCUGUUUUAACACAAAAGACCUGGAAUGUGCUGUUUGCACACUUAAAACAUAUGUGCCAAAUAUUAAUGCUUUCCUGUUAGUACUAAUUAUUACUUCAUGGACAUAAGAUAAAGAAACUAUAAAGCAUUGCUGUCGUUACCUCCUCCUUUGUCAUACCUCUGUUUUAAAUACAAUUAAAGAAUGAGAAAUUCUUUGGACUUAAAACAUAAAUGCCAAGUCUGUAAAGAAUAAUAA